CUUCUGUCAAAUUCAUAAUGUCGCAGCAGGCACGACGACGGCCUGUCCCAGGAAAGCGUGAGCAGAUCAAAGGAGGAAUCGGGAACAGCAGCGGUGCUCGGAAUCCCAGUGGACAGGAUCAACGAGAAGGCGAGAGAGAAGCAGCCGGCGCGGCCGUCGAGAUGGAUCAAUCCCCAAUCAUCCGCGCACUGCGACAGCAGCCCGUUUGGAUUGUGCUGGCCGUCUCAAGUGGAGCGUGUGCGGCGUUCAACGGUGUAUUUGCAAAGCUAACAACAACGUCUCUCACAUCGAACCUGUCCUCCUCCAUCGCCACCUUCCUCUCUCUAUCCCCUAGCAAUCGCUUCAUCGACCUUGCCGUCCGGGGCACCUUCUUCCUCCUCAACCUCCUCUUCAACGCUCUGAUGUGGGCUCUUUUCACCUCCGCCCUGACCCGCGCGGAGUCAACCACGCGCGUCAGCAUCGUCAACGUCUCCGCCAACUUUGUCAUCACCGCCGUGCUGGGUGCGUUGAUCUUCGGGGAGAAGCUGGGCGGGAUGUGGUGGGUGGGCGCGGGCAUGUUGGCCGUGGGCAAUGUCGUGAUCGGAAGGCGCGAGGAGGGCGGGAAGCCAGGCGGGAAUAUAGGCCUGGACGAGACGAGGGAGGAGGCAGAGCGCCUCAUGGGCAGAGAACAAGAAAGAGGCGGCCCCGCGCAGGGGGACCUGGUAGAGUUAGAUGACAGCCUCGGAGAAGCGCAGGGGAGACUGAGGAAGGGAGAAGAGGUGGAUGAUCCGAUUUGA